CUUCAUCCAUAACGAACAACAAUGAGCGACUACUCCGCCGUAGCAGGCGGUAGUUUAAAGUUGAAAGGCGGUGGAAUCACAAAGAAAAAGAAGAAGACCAAGAAGACAAUCCCACCAGUAGAGCGGGAGGACAGCAAUGAACAACAAUCACAAGAAGAGUCGGUAGCCUUAGGAAGUGAGGCCGGCUCCAGGUCAGCGCCGAAGAGAACGGAGGCGGAGUUGAAAUUUGAGGAGAUUCAGCGGCGACGGCUCGACAAGAAACUCGGCGAGAAAGCCCGGCAAACACACGCAGAACGCGUAGCAGAACUUAACGCCAAGCUUGACAGAUUAUCAGAACACAACGACAUGCCAAAGAUCGGCCCAGGGUGAAGGAUAAACAGAGCGUGCGUAAUGUUGGUGUGGGGGAU